CAAGAAUAAACCAAUCCACGGCAGCUAUUUGCUGAACCAACGUCACAGUUAAAGAGAAACGUCCGUUACUUGGUCAGCUAAAAAAACUAUUGAAACGCAAAGGCAGUGAUGGCGAAAAGUAUCUAGCUAUUUUAAUCUGUCAAAUGUUAUCGGUUCAGCAUACCGAUAUUCAAAACUGUGGUCUAACGACGCCGAUAGACUAGCUAGAAACCACUUUGGGGACGCUCUGCCAGCGGGACUGACAGUAGACGGGAUGAUCUCGGACUGGGGUCUGAUCAGUGAGAGAUCCCUGUGACUGUGAAUGGGUCUGUGAAAUACAUUAGGAUGAGCGGGCUCCACUCCAUCGCUGCCUGCGUGGACUGAGAGACACCGCCCUAUACACAGCAGUCGAUGCGGUCUUCCACUGCAUCACCCGUGGCUGAGAAUCCAGCAUGUCUCGCGUCUCCACCACCGCCAAGCGUUACACCGGCUCCUCAUAUACCAGUGCCUAUAGCUCCUAUGGCUCCUCCCUGACGCCCUCCUCCCUCAGCUCCUACACCUCCGACCGGGACAGGCUGACCUCCUACAGGAGCAACGCUGCCUCCUCCUCGGGCUACUCCUCCUCCAGCUACCUGAGCAGCGCCGCCAGCCGCGCCCGCAACUACAGCACCUCCUCUGAGCUCGACCGGGGCCGGCCCAUCCCCCGCACUGACCUCCUGAGCAGCAGCAGCCGGCGCAGCGAGAGCCUGAGCCGCACCCCGGUGAAGACCUAUGGCUUGUCGGGCCUGAGCGGCGGCUCCGGUUACACUGGCUACAGCAGCUACUCCUCGUCCACCACGCCCAGCCGCUCCAGCUACCUCUCCUCGUCACCCGGGGCCUCCAGCAUCUCUCUCAGCCGCCGGAGGUCGUCGAGUCAGAGUGACCUGACGCGGGACCUGUCGUCCCUGGGCCUCACCGAGCCCACGUCCCCCUCCUCCUCCUCCUCCAGCGCCCUGAGGGGUUACCGGAGCAGGGCCAGCGAUGUGGCCAACUCCUACAACAGCAGCCUGCAGAGCUCCAGCUAUGGCCUGUCCCACAGCGCCACGCAGGAGGCCUUGAGCAGCAGCAACCUAAAGAGCGGUGGUGGUAGCCGCUUCACCUCCUCCUAUGAGAGGAGCGACAGCAGCAGCAAUGGACGAUCCAGCUCCCCCACCAGGGACUCCCUGAACUCCAAGAGCACCCAGGGCCUGGUGGGCCUACGGAACUUGGGAAAUACCUGCUUCAUGAACUCCAUCCUGCAGUGUCUCAGCAACACGCACAACCUCCGGGACUACUGUCUGCACAACUCCCACCGACGCGACCUUAACAAAAACAGCCGCACCAACACUGGGGCCCUCAUGGAGGAAUUUGCCAAGCUCCUCCAGACCAUGUGGACGUCCUCGAGCAGCGAGGCAGUCGGCCCCUCAGAAUUCAAAACUCAGAUCCAGAGAUACGCCCCCCGAUUUGUGGGAUACAACCAACAGGAUGCCCAGGAGUUCCUGCGCUUCCUGCUGGACGGGCUGCACAACGAGGUAAACCGGGUCACGGUGCGGCCGCGGGGCAGCUCGGAGGACUUUGACCACCUGCCUGACCGAGAGAAAGGGGAUAGAAUGUGGAGCAAGUACCUGGAGAGAGAGGACAGCAAAGUAGUGGACCUGUUUGUGGGUCAGCUGAAGAGCUCGUUGACAUGCAGCACAUGUGGAUACUGCUCCACUGUCUUUGACCCCUUCUGGGAUCUCUCGCUACCCAUCGCCAAGAAGGGCUACGGAGAAGUGAGUCUGAUGGACUGCGUGAGUCUCUUCACCAAAGAGGAUGUGCUCGACGGAGAUGAAAAACCAACGUGCUACAGGUGUAAAGCCAGAAGAAGAUGCACAAAGAAGUUCACUGUACAGAAAUUCCCCAAGAUCUUAGUGCUUCAUCUGAAACGCUUCUCUGAAGCGCGGAGAACCAGCAAACUGUCCACAUUUGUCAACUUCCCCAUGGAGAAACUGGACCUCAGGGAGUUUGCCUCGGAAAACAGCAUAAAUGCAGUUUAUAACCUGUACGCAGUGUCCAAUCACUCAGGCACGACCAUGGGCGGCCACUACACAGCGUACUGUCGCAACCCCACCUCGGGAGAAUGGUACACAUUCAAUGACUCCAGAGUAUCGCCAAUGUCCUCCAGCCAAGUGCGCAGCAGUGACGCCUACGUGCUGUUCUACGAGCUGGCCUCCUCCUCGCGGAUGUGAGGGCCUCCCGGAGGAGGAGGUGGAGGGCACUGCGGGCGGGAGGAGGAGGAAGUGGAGGGCACUGCGGGCGGGAGGAGGAGGAGGUGGAAGGCACUGCGGGCGGCAGGCGGGAGGAGGCGGAGGGCACUGCGGGCGGGAGGAGUAGGAGGGCAAAGCCAGGCCCUUUAGGACUACACAUCCACAAGAGGCUACUUCUCCCCCCUCCCCAACUCCAUCCACAACAGAGAGAGGCUACUUCUCCCCCCUCACCAACUCCAUCCACAACAGAGAGAGGCUACUUCUCCCCCUCCCUAACUCCAUCCACAACAGAGAGAGGCUACUUCUCCCCCUCCUCAACUCCAUCCACAACAGAGAGAGGCUACUUCUCCCCCUCCCCAACUCCAUCCACAACAGAGAGAGGCUACUUCUCCCCCUCCUCAACUCCAUCCACAACAGAGAGGCUACUUC